AUUGUUUCUAGUUCAUACCGCAAAAAAAAAAAUUAAAAGUAUAAUUAUAAUGCGGAAAAAUAUAACGUUAAUACUUAUUUUCAUUAUUGCAACCUUCAGCAAUUUCACUUUUGCUACGGCGCCUUUAAAAUGUAGAGGAAAUAAAUUGUUUGAUGCUUUUCGGGGUGAAAAAAGUUUUACUGCUAAAAUAACUUCAAGUAACUCAACUUUGGAAGAAAGGGCUAUUUGUCCAGCAGGAACUUUUGGAUGUUCAGGGACCGAUAAAUGUUGCGAAACAAUAUGUGCUUCUACUUGUGGUAGCAGUCUUUGUUGUUCACCAAACACAUAUUGUUGUAAAAACACAAUUGGUUGUUGUCCACUGGGCACUACUUGUUGUGGAAUUUUUUGUUGUGAGUUAGGCCAAGUUUGUCAACAAAAUCGUUGUGUGGAGGCAUUCAUACCGACAUCAAAACCAUCAACAACAAAACCGCCAAUACCAAAACCAACACUAGUAUCAGAUGACUGUUCUGGAUUGACUGAAAAAUCUAAGACUUCGACUUAUCGAAACAAGACCGCAAAAGCCGAUGGCAAUACCUUUGUUUAUAUACUUGAUCCCAUAACAGGGAAAAUGAAGACAGAUUUAUUAGAAAAUAUCAGAACACCAGCUAGUAAACCCGGUGUAUAUAUUGUUAGCAAUGACUUAGAAGCUGACCAUGUUUUUGAAGCACAAAUUCUCCCAAAUUACCUUAAAACCUUGGGACAAGUUGGUCAAACAAUAUGCAAAUAUAUAUUUGACAAUCCAAGUGUUCUUGAGGAACUUAAAGGUAUCAUUAAUGAUGAAAUCAACAUGCGAUUUCUUUCUAAAGAAGUUAACAACGGCAAAGGAAGUAUAUUUUCUGGUCAAAACUCAAAAUUGCGCGAUGCGGUAAGAGAAUAUCUAACGAUGGAUGAUGCCUUUGAAGCAUAUUCCAAGACUCGUGACAAAGUAACUGAUUUUUUGCGUAAGACUGCAAAUGAAGCACUUAAGGUCAGGAUUAAAGUGCGUAGGAAUGCAAAUGAAGUGCAUAUGGUCACAAAUGAAGCACGUGCUACAAAUGAAGCAAAUGACAUUAUAAAUUCUUUUGAAAAUUAUUCACGCUCUUUAUAUGAAGACUUGACGAAUAGGAAAUUGCCUCCAAACAAAUCUCUUAACAACUCCUCUACCUUAUCAUUAUCGUACCUUCCUGUGAUAUUGUCCAUGACUUUAAGUCUUAUAUUCUUUAGUUCACAAACAAUACCUAUACUUUUCAAAUAGUAAAUUAUUUUUUUAAAGCAUGUAAAAAAAGAUACUAUACUGUUACACAAAUUUUAAUAUUUAGUUGUUAUUUAAUUUUACAAAUAGGUUUCGAAGUGCUUGACUCAGAGAUCCAUUAUUAUAAAAAAUAAAAAUGCC